AAAAGUAAUCAGUUCCUCAUUUUCCACUGGAUAUCAGUUAAUCAUUUGUAGCUUUCUUCGAAAAAAACUAUAUACAGUUCUUCAUCACACACCCAUUUUUUUUUUCAGUUAAUAAUUUUGGAAAGUGAAUGGAAGGAGGUGGUGGUGCAAGAUGGAAAGGCAGAGACGCAGCGAGCAUCGCUGCUGGAGAUCCAAUGUCGAACAUUAUUAGACAGCUUCAAUCCUCUUUUCAGCAAUCUCAGAUUUAUGGGCUUUUAACUGGAUCAGCCGUGCUUUUAGAAGCAGAUUCCGAGCAAACGAAGUUGCUAAACAGAGCUUGCUUUGGGCACCCCAUAAUUACAGCCGAUUUUGCAUCUUCAUCGUCAUUCAAAGGAAGAAGAGCUAAUCUUGUUGGGGAGCAGCAAAUUGCUAGUUCACAGUGGUUUCAAUUGGGUUUAGAAGAAGCGUUUUAUCUCAGCUACUCACUCAACUGUCUUGAAAUUUGUCGUUCUUCUUUGGAAGGUCGCCAGACUUUGAGUCAUGAUGAAUUAUGGAGGUAUAUGAAAGAAAGGGAAAAGACAUUUGUGCAACAUUACAAAGCAUAUUCUCAUCUCCGAGCAAAGAAUUGGGUAGUACGAUCAGGUUUACAAUAUGGUGCUGAUUUUGUUGCAUAUCGUCACCAUCCUGCACUUGUUCACUCUGAGUAUGCAGUUAUUGUUUCUUUUGAAGCUGAUGACAGACAAGGUAGAUUAACGACAUGGUCAGACUGGCAAUCUAUGCUUCGCCUCUGUGGUAGUGUUGCGAAGACGACGUUACUUGUAAGUAUUGUGCCAAAAAACAAUCAGACUGAAGAAGCAUCACCCUCAUGUUUGGACAAUUAUGAUGUUGAAGAAUUUGAAAUUAAAAGAUGGAUGGCAGAGAAACACCGAGAGGAUGUGCCAUCAAGGAAAGAUAAAAGAUGAUCAGCCUUGCAAAUUUUGUAAUUUACAACUGGAGGAAAUUUUCUAAAAAUCAUGUUAUUGCAGUUUGACGUUUACAAUAUAAUGUACUAAUUUUUAUAUUUCAACAAAGCACUGCUUGUUCUGUUGACAAUUUGGUUACACCCGAUCAUCAGCAUGAAAAUUGUCAUUGAAGGAUUA